AUGCUCGUCUAUUUCUGCCUUUCGACAGCUGGGUCCUGGUCGCCGUCCGUUGAAAAUCCGUUGAUCAAUUACCUCCUCAAGAAGUACGAUGAUAUCGGACACAUCGGCAGGCCUGUGCGUAAUCACAGCCAAAGAGUCUCGGUGGCGUUCGGCCUUUCCUUGUUUCAACUGAUGGAUCUGGAUGAGAAGGAACAGAUGUUGACUAUUAACGUCUGGAACAAAAUUACAUGGAGAGACGAAGUUCUAACCUGGAACCCAAAGGACUUUAAGGGACUAACAAGCAUUCGCCUGCCCGUUAACCUCAUCUGGACGCCCGAUAUAGUCCUCUAUAAUUAG